CCAUCCGUUAAUAAUCAUGUCUCUUAAAAUUUGGUUUCCUCAUUAUCUUGAAAAUUAUAAAUACACUUCCUCUUGCCUUCACAAACAACACAAAUCACUGGCAUCAUCAAGCAUCAAUAUUUAGAUUCAUUCUUCUUAGAUCUGAGAUUUUUGCCUUGUUCUUGUUCCUACAAAUAAGCACACAAAAUGGGUUUCCGUUUACCUGCUAUUCGACGGGCAUCAUUCAACGCUAACCAAUCAGCAUCGAAAUCAGCUGAACUUCCAAAGGGCUAUUUGGCGGUGUACGUUGGAGACAAACAGAAACGGUUUGUGAUUCCCAUAUCAUACUUGAACCAACCUUCAUUUCAAGACUUAUUGAGUCAAGCUGAGAAAGAGUAUGGAUAUGAUCAUCCCAUGGGUGGCCUCACAAUUCCUUGUAGUGAAGAUGUCUUCCAACAUAUAACUUCCCGCUUGAAUGGACAAUAAAUCUCACACUUUAGGAGACUGACAUAGAUUAGGAGAGACAUUUUGUACUGUAGGCAUCUUCUUUAACUUGUAGCAUGUUACCAAUUUCUGAGUAAUGCCAACGAAUUCAAUUGCUUAA